AUGGACAAAUCAUGGAUAGAUUUAGCAGAUAGGCAUUCUCUAGCAUAUUAUGAUGCAAUAGAUCAAUUUUUGACUUUUGCAUACAUCAAUAGGGAUCUGGGUUCAAGGAUUUAUUGUCCUUGUAGAAAGUGCGAAAAUCGUUAUCUCUAUGUAAGAUUAGUUGUGCGGCAGCAUCUUCGUGAUUAUGGUUUCUUUAAGAAGUAUAGGAAAUGGGAUAAACAUGGUGAGCCUAAUCAUUAUGUUCAUCCAGUGGAUGGAAAUCAAAAUGGUAUUGGGUUAGAUUCUUAUAUGGAGGAUGAUAUGGUCAGACUUGUCCAAGAAGCUUUAGGAGCUCCUAAUGUAGGAACACAUGAUCAGACUAGUGAAGAAAACUCAACUAAUCCUAAUGUAGGGGCAAAUGAACCUACCAAGAAGUUCUUGAAGCUUCUUGAGGAUGCAAACCUUCCAUUGUAUCCGGGUUCUAAAAGACACACAGCUUUGUCAUAUACAGUUCGUCUUUUGCAAGCGAAGGUGCUCCAUGGAUGGACAGAUAAAUCCUUCAAAACUUUACUUGAGAUAGCAAAAGAAUCUAUGCCUGAAGGUGUGCAACUUCCCAAGUCAUAUUAUGAAGCGCAGAAGUUAACAGAAGAUCUCGGAUUCACUUAUGAAACAGUAGAUGCAUGUCCUAACAGUUGUAUGUUGUUUAGAAAUGAAGACAUAAAUUUGGAUGAAUGCAGAAUAUGCAAGACAUCUCGAUGGAAAGAUAACAAUGGUAGUUCAAAUGAUGUUGCAGCACUUGGGAAACGAAAAGCAGCAAAACAAGCAAGAUAUUUUCCUUUAAAACCAAGGUUACAAAGGUUGUUUAUGUCUUCAAAAACAGCAAAGCUUAUGAGAUGGCAUGGAGAGGAAAGAACCGAUGAUGGUGUGUUUAGGCAUCCUGCAGACUCUCUUGCAUGGAAAGAUUUUGACCAAAAACACACAAAUUUUUCGGGAGACAUUCGCAAUGUAAGGCUUGGGUUAGCAUCUGAUGGAUUCAACCCAUUUAGGUCUAUGAAUAUAGUUCAUAGUACCUGGCCUAUCAUAUUGGUUCCCUACAAUUUACCACAUAUGAUGUGCAUGAAGCAACCCUUUAUAUUUCUAUCUGUUCUUAUUGAUGGUCCUAAGGCACCCGGUGAUAAAAUUGAUGUCUACAUGCAGCCACUUAUUGAAGAAUUGAAGGAACUGUAUGAAGAUGGUGUAGAAACAUUUGAUGCAUUCAGCAAUGAAAUGUUUAAAAUGCAUGCUGCAUUAUUGUGGACGAUUAAUGACUUUCCUACCUAUGCCAACUUGUCGGGGUGGAGUACAAAAGGUGAAUUUGCUUGCCCAUCAUGCAACUCUGAAAGUGGUUACCAACGGUUGAAGUUUGGUAAAAAAGCUUCAUACAUGACUCAUCGGCGGUGGUUACCCUAUGAUCACAAGUAUCGAGCAGAUUCAAGGUCAUUUAAUGGCAAUACAGAAUAUAGAAGGAAGCCUAAAACUUUAUCUGGUGCUGAUCUUCUUGCACAAUUGGAAUCAAAUGGUGUUCUUACAGAGUACAAGCGGGAAGAUCUAGAGCGAAUGAAGGUGCUUGGGGUGCAAAAACCUGAUAAUGAUCCUUUGAUGAAAAAGAAGCAUAAUUGGAAGAAGAAAAGUAUAUUUUAUGAGCUUCCAUAUUGGAAAGACAACCUGAUACGUCACAACCUUGACGUGAUGCAUAUAGAAAAGAACAUUUGUGAUAAUGUUCUUUUCUCAAUAUUAGGAGUUGCUGGAAAGUCUAAGGACAACUUGAAUUCUCGUCGUGAUCUGGAACUUAUGGGAAUUAGGGAGCAAUAUCAUCUAAAGAGGAGAGAGUCUGGUACAGAGUAUGCUGAUCCAGCUGAGUUUGAGAUGAACAAUAAGGGGAAAGAUAUGUUCUUUUCAGCCUUAUCAGGAUCACGAAUGCCAGAUGGAGCUGCUUCCAAUAUUGCACGUCGAGUACGUUUACAUGAUCGUAGUAUUGGAGGUCUUAAGAGCCACGAUAACCAUAUUCUAUUGCAGCAACUUAUUCCUUUAUUUAUACGAAGUUCUUUACCAGAGAAUGUGGUUCAGGCAUUGAUUGAUCUGGGUAGUUUUUUUAAACAGUUAUGCUCAAUGGAUAAUUGUGCAGCAGAUCUAGAAAAGGCUCGUGCUCGUAUAGUGCUGACACUUUGUGAACUUGAGAAGAUAUUUCCGCCAUCAUUCUUUAAUAUAAUGGAGCAUUUACUAAUUCAUUUAGCUGAUGAAGCAUUAAUUGCUGGUGCUGUAAUUUUUCGGUGGAUGUAUCCUAUUGAGAGGUAUCUACUGACCUUGAAGGAAUAUGUGAGGAAUCGGGCUUGUCCUGAAGCAUCAAUGGCUAAAGGUUAUUUGAUGGAAGAGUGCAUGAACUUCUGUACUCAGUAUCUCAAUGAUGUGGAAAGCAAGUUUAAUAGACCAGCAAGGAAAAAAAAUGAUGACGAUAUAAACAAGGGAAAAGACUUUGUUAUCAAUUUGCAAAGAACAAGUUCUGUAUUGUUAUCAGAAGAAGUUAUUGCUUUGUCUAAUUCUCCUAGUCCAUCAGCAAAGAGAUUGACUUCUUACAAUGCGAAUGGGUUUUUCUUUCGAGUGAAAAGUCUUGAUAAUCAUCGCUCAACACAGAAUAGUGGUGUAACUUUACAAGCAGACAAGAAUCUUUCUAUUGACUCCUCACCAUACUAUGGGAGAUUGACAGAUAUUAUCAAAAUCUCUUAUGGUAUUGAUAUCAAAUAUGUUUUGUUUAAGUGUGAUUGGGUUAAUCCUGCUACAGGUAUAAAGUUAGACCAUUUUAACUUUCCUUUAGUUAACUUCAAGCGUUUGUUGUACAAAAAUGAUUGCAUAGGGGAUGAACCCUUCAUAUUGGCAUCUCAAGCUCAUCAAGUUUGGUAUGCUCUAGAUCCUUCAGCGCAAGAAUGGCUGAAUGUUGUUGACAUGCCUUCAAGAGACUUAUCCCUUGUGCAAACUAACAAUACUGAAGAAGCUAGUAUUUCAAGCGAGUCAAUGGAUGUUGAAAUGGAUGAUUGA